AUGGCAAUCGCAGCUCCUAAGGCGAUGGCACCAGUAGCCCAACUUCUUCAAGAUAACGGUCUUGGCCCACGGAUCGUGGCACCCAGCGAUGCCGAAUAUGAUGCACGGAUUGACUCUUACUGGUCCAAUAGCGCAAAGCUGAAGCCUGCGUGUGUUCUGCUCCCAAAGAGUGCAGAAGAGGUUGCCACAGCAAUCAAGGUGCUGGCAGCAGCAAGUGCGCCAUUCGCAAUCCGUAGCGGGGGGCAUACCAAUUGGCCGGGAUCCAACAAUAUCGAUGGCGGUGUUACGAUAGAUCUUAGCUGCUUGAACACCACAGCCAUUGCACCUGACCUUGAGACAGCCACCAUCGGCCCAGGGGCUCGCUGGAAAGACGUAUACGCUGAGCUGCACAAGUUCAAUCGUGUUGUUGCCGGCGGGCGUGAGGGGAACGUCGGGGUUGCUGGCUUGCUCCUAGGUGGUGGAAUGACGUUCUUUACCGGGAGACAUGGUUUCGCCUGCGACAACGUCGUCGCGUACGAAGUUGUUCUUGCCAAUGGUCGAAUCGUCAACGCCGACGCUCAAUCGAAUUCUGACCUAUUUCGGGCCCUGAAAGGCGGCUCCAACAACUUUGGAGUGGUCACUAAGUUCACGAUGAAGACUAUUCAGUGCGAUCGGGUCUGGGCUGGCAUGACCUUCUACCCAAAGCAGACAAUUCCACAAGCAAUUGAUUCUCUCUGCGCUUUUGCUGACAAUGUCAAAAAAGAUCCAGAUAGCAAUCUGAUUUGGAUGGUCACGCAUCUGCCACAAUUCAAAGACAUCGUUGUGGCCACCUUGUUCAACCAGGUGGCUGGUGUAGAAUCUGCACCAGCCUAUGACCAAUGGCGUACCAUCCCGGAAACCAUGAAUACCAUCAAGAUGACCUCAGUAUCUGAGAUGGCAUUCGAGUAUAAUAUGCCAGCGGGAUAUCACAAUAUAUGGUUCACGGCUUCUUUCAAGAAUGAUCGCCGCAUCGUAUCCAAAGCAUCAGAGCUGCAUGAUCAGCUGGCCCAAGAACUUGGAGAGAUCGCUCCGGAUGGCAACUUCUUCACGCAAUGCAUCUUCCAACCACUUCCUACCCUGUUUGCUGAUCAGUCAGUCAAAGCAGGUGGCAAUGUCAUGGGUAUAGAACGCCAUGCUCACGAUGGUCUUCUAUUUCUUGCCACAGCAAUGCUCAGCAACUCAGAGCAAGAAGCGUUGGCUUACCCCAAGGUCAAAAUUUGGGUAGAUGCUGUGAAACGUUAUGCCUCUACCAUAGACGGUGGUAACCUGGCAUGGACUUAUCUAAACUACGCAGAUCCUAGCCAGGAUUCUCUUAUGAGUUACGGGAAAGAAAAUGUUCGGCUAAUGAAAACAGUUGCUGCAAAAUACGACCCGCAUCAAGUGUUUCAAAACCUUUGCAGAGGCGGUUUCAAGAUCACGAAUGUGAACGCGUAA